CAUUGGAGAUGUGUGUGUCCUUGAGGACAUGACGAUGCACCUGCCUGUCAUCGAGAUCCGCAUUGUGGAGUGCAGAGAUGAUGGGAUUGACGUUCGACUCCGAGGGAUCAAAAUCAAAUCCUCUCGACAGCGAGACCUGGGGCUCAGUGCCGACAUGUUCCAGCUGGCGAAUUUAGUGCGUUACCCCCGCCUGGAGGGCACAGACCCCGACCUGCUCUACCGGCGGGCCGUGCUCAUUCAGAGGUUCAUUAAGCUCCUGGACAGUGUCCUGCAUCACCUGGUGCCAGCCUGGGACCACACUGUCGGCACGUUCAGCAAGCUCAAG